AUGGAGAAGCUGGCGGCCGGGCUGGCCGGGCUGCGCUGGAGCAUGGGCGCUUUCCCGCUCGACCUCAUCGUCAGCCGCUGCCGCCUGCCCACGCUCGCCUGCCUCGGGCCAGGGGAGUAUGCUGAGGGCGUCAGUGAGCGUGACAUCCUGCUCAUCCACUCCUGCCGCCAGUGGACGACAGUGACAGCCCACACCCUGGAGGAGGGCCACUACGUCAUUGGGCCCAAGAUUGACAUCCCCCUGCAGUACCCAGGCAAGUUCAAGCUCCUGGAGCAGGCCCGGGAUGUCCGGGAGCCGGUGAGAUACUUCAGCAGUGUGGAGGAGGUGGCCAGUGUUUUUCCUGACCGCAUCUUUGUGAUGGAAGCCAUCACCUUCAGUGUUAAGGUGGUGUCCGGCGAGUUCAGCGAGGACAGCGAGGUGUACAACUUCACACUGCACGCGGGCGACGAGCUCACCCUCAUGGGCCAGGCAGAGAUUCUGUGCGCCAAGACCACCAAGGAGCGCUCGCGCUUCACCACGCUCCUGCGCAAGCUGGGCCGCGCUGGGGCCCUGGCCGGAAUGGGCGGCCCCGGGAACGUGGGGACCGCGGGGGGUGGCGGCGGGGCCGCCAGGCCGGUCAAAGGCAAGAUGCCCUGUCUCAUCUGCAUGAACCACCGCACCAACGAAAGCCUGAGCCUGCCCUUCCAGUGCCAGGGCCGCUUCAGCACGCGCAGCCCGCUGGAGCUGCAGAUGCAGGAGGGCGAGCACACGGUGCGCGCCAUCAUCGAGCGCGUGCGGCUGCCGGUGAACGUGCUGGUACCCAGCCGGCCGCCGCGCAACCCCUACGACCUCCACCCGGUGCGGGAGGGCCACUGCUACAAGCUGGUCAGCAUCAUCUCCAAGACCGUGGUGCUGGGGCUGGCGCUGCGCCGCGAGGGCCCGGCGCCGCUGCAUUUCCUGCUGCUCACCGACACGCCGCGCUUCGCUCUGCCGCAGGGCCUGCUGGCCGGGGACCCGCGCGUCGAGCGCCUGGUGCGCGACAGCGCCUCCUACUGUCGCGAGCGCUUCGAUCCGGACGAGUACUCCACGGCCGUGCGAGAGGCGCCCGCGGAGCUCGCCGACGACUGCGCCAGCCCCCGCCGCGUGCGCCUCUGCUUGCCCGCACCGCGCGCCCCCGGGCCCGUCCGCGCGCCUGGACCCCCGGGUCGCCUCGGGCCGGCUUUGCCAGCGCCCGGCGACGGCGACCAGGAGGAGUACGUGAGCCCCGAUUGGGCCGGGGUGCCCGAGCCCGCGGCAGCCUGCACCGAGAUCCCCUACGAGGAGCUGUGGGUGCACCAGGCCCCCGAGAACCUCGCCGAUGCCCGUGCCCGGCCGCUGCCAGGGCCCGAUCUCAUCUCCUUCGGGACCGUGGGGCCCCCACGUCAUGAGCCCGAGGCCCCACCGCCUCCUGUCCCCCCCAAAUCCGAGGCGGUAAAGGAAGAGUGCCGCCUCCUCCACGCCCCUCCUGUGCCUCCUCGGGGUGGCAGCAGCUGCAGCAGGCUCCCAGGCAGCCCCCCAGUGCCGCCCCGAUUCCCCAAGCUGCAGCCGGUCCACUCGCCCAGCUCCAGCCUCUCCUUUUACUCCUCUGGCCUGCAGGAUGGGGCAGGAUCCCGCAGUGGCAGCGGUUCCCCGUCACCGGAUGCCUACUCCCUCUACUGCUAUCCUUGCACCUGGGGAGAUUGCAAAGUCAGCGAGACCUCUAGUCGCCCGCCCCCAGGACCCAUGCCUUCUACCACCACUCAGCCCAGCCAGGCCUCAAGAGCCCUAGCGGAGCCCCUGAGUGGUCGAACCACCUCCCUCUUAGGGGCUGACAGCCCAGUGGUUAAGAACUACCAUGGCUGUCCACCUCUGUUCAAGCCCUCCCAUCCCCAGAAGCGCCUUGCUCCCUUUGGUGCGCUCAACCCCUUCUCUGGGCCUGCCCAUCCUUCAGGCGCUCCAGCGGCCUCCUCUUCUGGGUCCACAUCCACCUCGGGUGCCCUGGCUACCUCCAGCCCCACGCAUUCCCCAGGCCCAGGCCCUCAGGGCCAAGGUUACUCAGCUGCUCUCUCCUCCUCCUUGUCAUCCUCUGAGUGGCAGGAACCAGCGCUGGAGCCCUUGGACCCAUUUGAGUUGGGGCAGGCCAGUCCUCCCGAGUUGGAGCUGCUGCGCUGUCAGGAGCCCAGAGCUGUGGGGGCACCUGGGUCUGGACCCUGCCUUUCACCGAUUGGUCCUCCCAAGGCCUUUGAGCCCGAAGGUUUGGUGCUGAGGCAGGUCCCCGCCUCCUUGUCACCAGCUGCCUUGCAGGGACCCGAGGCAGGAGGACCCCUACUCUUUCUCACCCAAGGGGGCCUGGAAGGGCCUCCUGGCAGUCCCCGGGAGGGGGCCACCGGUGGUGCUGGAGUCCGGGAUGCCGUCUCCUGGCAACCACCAGCCGACUUGUCCUCACUCUCCCUGGAAGAGGUCUCGCGCAGUCUGCGCUUCAUCGGGCUCUCGGAGGACGUGGUGAGCUUCUUUGCCCGAGAACGCAUCGAUGGGAGCAUCUUCGUGCAGCUCAGUGAAGACAUCUUGGCUGAUGACUUCCGUCUCACCAAGCUUCAGGUCAAGAAGAUCAUGCAGUUCAUCAAAGGCUGGAGACCCAAGAUCUGAACUGUCCGCCCAGGCGGCUGCACAGCCUGAAUGUUGGUUGGGAGCAGAGGCCAUGGGGUCUGCCAGAAACAGCACUCCCAGAGGUCCUUCCUGCAGGGAGAGUCUGGGCCAACUGAGGCUGCCCUGUAGAGUGUUCCAGGGGAGGCACACACACUGGGAACUGUGGCCCUCGGGGGCCAGGCCCUGCAGGAGCAUGUCUUGACUUUGUGAAGAAUACUUGGGGAGGAGGCGCUGCUCUGUGCCUGGGGAGGCUUUUGCUGCCAUUCUCGGAGCAGGGGGAAGGUGGUGUGUAUGUCAACAGGAGGCUGUAUGGUGGCGGGAUGCCUUCCUGUGCCGCGCUGUAGCCUUUCAUUCACCACACACUUCUCAGCCCUUUUUUUGGUCAGGUUAGAGAGCAAGGGAAGAUGGUUCAGAACUUAAGCACAGUUUCCCCGAAGGGUCCUCUCCUUCACACUCUGCAGCUGCUCCAGAGUUAGGGGUGUGACUUCUGAGGUACCCUCUUUCUGUCUGCUCCCAUGAUUAGGCACUUGACCGUGGGGCCUGAUGAACCAGUCACAGGCUGUGCCCAGCACCUGCUUUGGGCUUGGCUGUGACGUCAUCACGGCUAUCAUAUGGUUUUCCAUGGGGCAGUCCAAGGACAGUUCCUGGGGGAAGAGUGUCUAGACGUAGGCCAGCUACUCUUUGGUUCUAGAAACAAGUAGUGGUCAGGUACCCGCCACCCUGCCUGUCUCCCGCUGCCGGCAUUUCGCUCUGAUGGACACUUGGGUUCCUCCUUGGCAUGUCACUGGUACAGGACAGUGUGGCUGGUAAAGGGAGGUGGGUUGCUGGGCAAAGUUGCUUGCUCCUGAGCCCAGCCCCUGUACUUACAUGGUUUGGAGACGAUCUCUGGGCCCUUCAGUCCCAAGUGUGCUGAUCAGUGUGCCGGCUAGAGGCCUGGCUAAUGUACAAACCCCACCCCCAUUCUUCUCCAGCACCUCUAACAAGAACUACAUCCCUCCUCUGGUGUUGGGGGGUGGGGGUGGGGCAGAGGUGGCCGUUUUCUUGUCUGCCUUCCCUGACCUACCUAGAUAUUUAUUUCUUGGGUUUUCUUUAUGAAUAGUUAAGGUCUGCCCACACCUGUGCCUGUGGGAGGGGAACAUGGGAACUGAUACCACGCUGCUUGUCUUCUCACAAUGGAUGAAUCCUCAAGGAUUAGGAAAUAAA